AGGGCUUAGCUCUCUCCUUCCUCUCCAUCCCUCUCUCAUUUCCUUUCAUCCUUUCGCUGUUCUCGGUGGAAGGGCUGGACGGCACCGGUUGAGGCUCUAGUUACGGUCCGGCCGCACCGAUCGAAGUUUGGGGCCAAGAAAUUUGGAUAGCGCUCUUUUUUCAAGUCGCAUUUUUGCCUGAUCCGGCGCCGUCGCUCUUUGGAUUGACGCUCCCAUGGCGGCGAACGGUGCCUGGAGGACAGAUCCGGCACUGUGGCAAGUCGAAUUGGUCUUCUACAGCGUUCGAUCGGUGCCAGGAGGAAAGAUCCUGUCUCCGUGACGUGCUCAUUGCUUUAGGCUCCGAUUGACUCUUCCAUGGUGACUGCCGUUGAACUGGGAGAUGGAUCCGGCGUUGUUCCGGAUCUGACACAAAUAGAGCACCGAAGUGGUGCUAUGUUUCCUACUGUUACACAGCAGCCGUCAUUGUUCUACUGGCCAACCGGUGUUUCUACGAGGCAGUGGCCGUAUCGCCUUACCUUGGAUCCGCGGCAUCCGUCCUUGUGAAUUUUAAAGGGAGGGCAUGCACUCAGAAUUCAAACCAUAAUGAGGCGUUUUGGAGGUUCUGGCACCUAGGUAGAGUUCAUACGGAGAGGUACCCGAAGGAAGUUACAAAUAUCAGAGAUAGAAGAGUUGAGGAACAAUGCAUAUGAUAACUCUAGGAUCUACAAGACUAAAUUGAAAGCAGCUCAUGACAGGCAGAUCCUAAGAAAGAACUUUGAGCCAAAUCAAAAAGUGCAUCUUUAUGAUUCUCAUUUACAUCUCCAUCCA